AUGCUGCGUCUCCAGCCCACUAUUCUUUCACUGACCAUGGUCGAGGUCGAGGAGCUUGAUCAACGUCUGAAAGAGAAGAGACACCACCGCCAGUUCCUCAACUAUCUUACAAAACCAGGGGGUGCAUCCGCGAUACCAGAAUUUGUUCCAAGCGUUCCCCCGGCUUCUUCUGCUAAAGCGCGCGGCAAACAACCACAGACUGACCAAAACAUACGGUUCUUGCCCCCCGGUAACAGACCAGAAUCCAGGCGUUCCACAGACACGGAGCCAUCCAGUUCAGUUCUUGCUCAGCAGAAUCAAGGGGCCACCUUCACACUGCCGGACCGCACCAGAACAGUUGAAGGCCAACCUAGGCCUAAUAUAAAGGCUGAUCACCCGCUAGAACUUGAUGGGCAGCCGCCUUCUCCGUCCCAACAGCCAGUACUGUCGACUCCUAGACAUAAUCAAGUGGCAGAGUACCACUCAGUCGACGCUUACCCAUCCCUUCCAACAGGUUCACCCGGCCAAUCAUCUGCUUCAACUCCGGGUAUCCAUACCGACCGUGUACCUCCAGUUGACAGAGAGCAGACGCUAGAACGAGGACCGGCAUACCCGUCCCGUCCAGCAACAUAUAGACGGCUGGUAGAGCCAACAGUCUGGCCUUCGUCCCCCAUCACCCAUGAUUUUGAGCGUCUGGCGAUUGUUCAAAGGGCUGUCAGAACCCUAGCGCAGUUGGAUGAUGCGGACAGAAGACACAACAACCCCCGUGCUUCAAUGAGUCCCCCUCGCCGACCAAGCACAACGGUUCCUCGCCAUCGGAUCCGACCUCGGGACAGCGUCCCUGGUGAACCCACGACGCCACGCCGUCAAUUGUCUCCUCCGCCUUUUGAGAUCUACGACGAUUCUUUGCCGCCCUCGGCACAACCUCAAACGCCCCAGAAUUUGCCGGAAGCACAGCACCAGAGCCGAUUGCGGGGCUCUUACACAGUCCCAACCCGCCGUGGCACGUCUCCAGGAUUUGACUCGCUUUCAAGGCUCAGCCGACGAAGACGUGAGCGAGAAGAAAGAAUUCCAAGCCCGCCUGGAUUACAGACGCCGGGCAUGAUGGGGUUGUACGGUGGUCUUGAAAAUGCUGAUGACGUGAGUUUGUUUGAGCGGGCUAUUCGGCGGAGCAUGGAGCAUAUGGAUGGCAGUCCAGGGCCAAGCAGGUAG